CACUCCUACAGCUUACUAUGCAUCGCGCCAAGUUGAUGCCAUAUUGUUUACGGGACGCGGGCUAGAAACUGUGAAACAAGUCUAGAGGGAUAAACUAUGCGAAGAUUGAGUAGCAAAAACAAGCAUAAGAAAUCGGAAAUGUGGAGUGAGAGUAGUUCGGACGAAAAUGGCGUCGCGCGUACAAAUAUAAUCGACAGCGACGAUAAAAUGAAGGCUGGAAAGGAUAACGAAAACGCGGAAAUGCCAAAAAGAGGUGCUGCGAAAAAGCGUGCAUCUCGUAGUCGUCAUAGUCAAAAGGAAGCACUCGAAAAUUUGGACGUAGAAGCGGAAGAAGAAGAUACUCAAUCCGCGGACGCCGAAGAAGAGAAGAAUGUGGAAAAGGGUGGAGCGAGUAAAAAACUUAAGAAAGAAGAUCAAAAGAGUAAUAUUAUAAAAGACGGAAAUAAUAAAGAUGAAUAUGAGGUGGAGAAAAUUGUAGGUCAACGUACUAUUAAGGGUCGACGUCAAUUUUUGAUUAGAUGGAAAGGAUAUGGAGAGGAUUCUGAUACUUGGGAACAAGAAGAAGAUCUUAAUUGUUCACAAUUGAUUGAGGAAUUUCUAGCUGAAGAUGAAGAAAAUCAUGAAGAGAUUAAGCCUAAAAAGUCUGAAAAUUCUGCAAAAUCACCAAAGAAAGUUGCAGAAGUGGACAGAAAAUCCAAAAAACUUAAAAAUAAUACAAAAAGAAAAUCAGAGAAUGAUAAACAGAUAACUGCAGAUGAUGGAAAAAAUGAUAAAGACGAUCAAAAGGAAUUUGAAGUAGAGAAAAUCAUAGAAGUACAGUACAAGAAAAAUAAAACCAGGGAAUUUUUAAUUCGUUGGAAAGGUUUUACAUCAGCAGAUGAUACAUGGGAACCGGAAGAAAAUUUAAAUUGUCCUGAACUGAUCGCAAAAUUCAUGCAAAAAGUAGAAAAAGCCAGAACCAUGGAAGCACGCGAACUUAGAGCAAAUCGUCCCCAUACAAAACGAUACACACUGACAACACAUGAACAUGGAAGAAGAUUGUCGCGAAGAAAUAUGGAUAAACAAAGAGCUACGUAUCAUGAAUGUGAUGAAUAAAUGAACAUAAAGUAAUAAGGUCACUUAAAAGUUUAUAUACAUAUGUGUGUAUACAUGUAUGUAUAUACUUAAAAUACAUACGUGUUUUGUAGUGUUACAGAAAAAAAAUGACACAUGAUUAAAGAUGGAACUACGAAUC